GACCGGUUCGGAAGUUUCAUUCAGUGCUUGUUUGCGGACGCGGUAAGACGCGACGACGAUCCGCUCUCCGGCGACGCGACGCCUUGACCAAACCAAACAAUACGCUUACAAUAACUCGUUACCUACAUUGUUUAACGCAUCCCUAAUUCUGCGAAGUGACAUCUGUUUUUUUCCGCGUAGAAGAUGUCCGAAAACGCUGAAAACAAUUGGUUUACAAACGGCAAGAUGGCGACUGUGGAGCGACUGCUGCACCCGAUGCACCCGAAGGCGGACGACACGGGCAACAAGGUGACGGUGGUGGGCACCGGCCAGGUCGGCAUGGCGGCCGUCUUCUCCAUGCUGACACAGGGCGUGAGCAACAACAUCGCGCUGGUGGACGUGAUGGAGGACAAGCUGCGCGGCGAGAUGCUGGACCUGCAGCACGGCUGCGCUUUCAUGAAGAACGCCAGGAUAAACGCCAGCACCGAUUACUCUAUAACUGCGGGGUCAAAGGUGUGCGUGGUGACGGCGGGCGUGCGUCAGCGCGAGGGCGAGUCCCGGCUGGACCUGGUGCAGCGUAACACCGACGUACUCAAGAUCAUCAUCCCCCAGCUGGUGAAGUACAGCCCCGAGGCGGUGUUUAUAAUAGCGAGUAACCCGGUGGACAUUCUGACGUGGGUGACGUGGCGACUGAGCGGGCUGCCGCGCCACCGCGUCCUAGGCUCCGGCACCAAUCUUGACUCGGCGCGCUUCCGAUACCUGCUCUCGGAGAAGCUGGGCAUCGCGCCCACCUCCUGCCACGGAUACAUCAUUGGCGAGCACGGCGACAGCAGCGUUGCGGUGUGGUCCGGAGUGAACAUCGCGGGCGUGCGGCUGAGCGAUCUGAACCCGCAGAUCGGCGGCGAGCAGGACCCGGAGCAGUGGCGGCGCAUGCACCAGCUCGUCGUCGAAAGCGCCUACGAGAUCAUCAAGCUCAAGGGGUACACCUCUUGGGCCAUCGGCCUCUCCCUGUCCCAGCUCGUCGGUGCCGUUCUCUCCAACGCUAACAGCGUGCAUCCCGUCUCCACGUACAUCAAGGGCCAGCAUGAGGUGGAACAGGAGGUGUUCCUGUCGCUGCCGUGCGUGCUGGGUCGUGGCGGGGUGGCGGACGUGGUGCGCCAGCCGCUCACUGCGGAGGAACGCGCGCGCCUGCACGCCUCCGCCAAACUGAUGCACGGCGUGCAGGCCGGCAUACACUUCUAACUGAGAACUCUUAGCGCACGGCCACUCGCCGCCUCACGUCGAAUGCCUCUUUUAUGUGUCUUUUUGAAAUUUUUGUAUUUUAUAGUAAAUCAAUCAUUUUCUUGACCUAUUUACAAAGGUUAAUGUAACCGUUUAAAGUUAAAUGGGUACAAAAUUUAGUAUGAAUUAUAGUUAAUUAGAAAUUUCUGAACUCAGAUCGUUAAAAUAUUCAGUUGUAUUAUAACAUCUCAAGUGACAUGUCAAAUCAAUGACAGAUAAACAUAUAAUUUGAACAAUCGGGUUCACUUUGAUUUUCCUUGAGAUUAGAAUUCUUUCAAGAUAAUGAAAAAAAAACCAGCUU